AACUGAACCCUCCUCUUUCGUCCUGUCGCUGGCUCGCUCUAUUAUAUUUUAUUUUGCUGUCCCCUAGAUAUGCUAGAUGCAUUACUUGCUCAGGGGUUAGCAGAACACGGCUUCUAUUGAUUAGGCUUUUUCUCUUUGUAUAAUACGGAGCUAUACCCAUGAGUUCGUCUUUACCCGAUGGUCCUCAAGAUGGGCAGGUGCUGCUUCCACAUCUUUUGACCCUUUUGGAAAUAAUGUUGGAGUUCCGUGCUGGUAAAAUGUUUCUUGAGGGGAAAAAGGUUUGCCCUGACACACGGAAAGGGCUUAUUCGCAUUGCUAAGGGUGAGGAGGGAUUAGUCCACUUUCAGUGGCUUGAUCGGAUUCAAAAUUUUGUUGAAGAUGAUCAGAUAAUAUUCCCCAAUGAGGCUGUUUUUGAGAAGGUUAAUCAAGCAUCUGGGAGGGUUUACAUAUUAAGGUUCAACAGCGACGACAGGAAGUUUUUCUUCUGGAUGCAGGAGCCAAAUGCUGACGGUGACUCACAGCUUUGCAACUCGGUGAAUGAUCACUUAAACAGGCCAUUAGAGCUUGGAGAAAGAGGAGGAGAUGGUGCCAUGCCCUUGCGGGUUUCAAUGCAAGCACCAAUUAAUGAUUUGUAUAAUAGAGCUGCGAAUUUGGUUGGCCCAAAUUUGGGGGCCGAAGCGACUAGCAAUUUGACAUCUUCUGGCCCAGUAAAAUUGGAAGAUCUCCAGAGGAUAUUGAAUAACAUUGGGCCUUCAGAUGGCAUUGGUGAUCCAGAUGGAGGUCUGGGACUUGAGGAUAUAUUGAAGCCUGAGUUAGUAAUGCCAUUAAUUGAGACAUUGCCGAUUGAGCAGUGCUUAGCACCCUACUUACCAGAGGGUCAGUGGUCUCCAGAAGCUAUAUUGGAGUUGUUGCAGAGCCCACCUUUUCGUCAGCAAGUAGAUUCAUUCACUUAUGUACUUCGGACGGGUCAGAUAGAUUUGUCUCAGUUUGGAAUUGAUCCAAGUAAAUACAAGUUUACAGUUUUAUCUUUUCUGGAGGCUCUUGAGGAUUCUGUUUCUAGGACAUUAGGCCCUGAGGAGGCAAGGCCAGAUGAUCGAAAUUCCAGAUCUCAAUCGUGUAAUCGUAAUGACCCUAUGGAUGAGUCUUAGGAGUGAGGUUCUUUAAUCAUCUGUCUCUCUCCUUUUUUCUUUUUUUCUUUUUUCCUUUUUUAUCAACCAUAGAAUUGUAUUCUUGACGAACAAAUUUCUGCUUAUAAGAGAAGGAAAAGAGAAGAAUGAGAGGAUGAUUUAAUGUACUUUGGGCUUUUUCUGGUCAUAGUGAACAAUAAAUUUCAAGCUAUUUCCUUCGCCAUUA